UUAAGAGAACGAGCGGAAUUGCAAAGAGAAGCCGCAAACCCUAGCAAUCUUCUUUUCCAGAAACUUCAUUCUCAGGUGGCGCCAUGGCCGUUCUAGCCGAGAACAAGCAGCCGCACGAGUCGCCGGAAGACGAGCUGCAGCAGAAGAAGAAGCGAAAGCGCAGCAGAGGAAAGAAAGCUCCGGCAGAUUCUGAUGAAGCUCCAGAGGGGAAGCAGAAUGAAGCGGAGAGUGAAGAUGAGGAAGAGAAGGAAGUUGUGACGGACAAGAAGAAAGGAAAGAAGAAGAAGAAGAAGCAGCAGAUGGUAGAUGAGAAUGAAGAUGAGGGUGAUGGAGAAAAGGAGGAGGAGGAACAGAGCAAUGGGAAAGAUGGGGAGGCCGAGGGGAAGACAAAGGAGAAGAAAGUGAAGAGUGGCGGCGGAAUUAUGAGCACUGACUCUUUUGAUUCUUUGGGAUUAUCUGAGCCUACGAGGAAGGCGAUUCAGGAGAUGGGAUUCCAGUAUUUGACUCAGAUUCAAUCAAGGGCAGUUCCACCUCUGCUAAUUGGCAAGGAUGUUUUAGGUGCAGCAAGGACAGGUUCUGGGAAAACCCUUGCCUUUCUGAUACCUGCUGUGGAGUUACUAUACAAUGUUCGUUUUGCUCCUCGUAAUGGUACUGGUGUGGUUGUUAUUUGCCCUACUAGAGAGCUUGCCAUUCAGACGCAUAAAGUGGCAGAAGACCUUCUCAAGUAUCAUUCACAGACCCUUGGGUUGGUUAUCGGUGGGGCAGCAAGGAAAGGAGAAGCCGAGCGACUUGUUAAAGGGGUAAACUUGUUGGUUGCAACUCCUGGUCGGCUUCUGGAUCAUCUUCAAAAUACCAAAGGAUUCAUUUAUAAGAACUUGAAGUGCCUGACGAUUGACGAGGCAGACAGGAUAUUGGAGGCCAAUUUUGAGGAAGAAAUGCAACAAAUUCUCAAGCUUUUACCAAAGACUAGGCAGACUGCCUUAUUUUCAGCUACCCAAACAAAAAAGGUGGAGGACCUAGCUCGGUUGUCGUUUCAGACGACUCCUGUUUAUAUUGAUGUUGAUGAUGGGAGACACAAGGUUACCAAUGAAGGUCUUCAGCAAGGCUACACUGUAGUUCCAAGUUCCAAGAGAUUUCUUCUUCUUUACUCCUUCUUAAAGAGGAACUUAUCAAAGAAAGUGAUGGUUUUUUUCUCGUCAUGCAAUUCUGUCAAGUUUCAUUCGGAACUUCUUACAUACAUUCAAAUAGAAUGCUUCGAUAUCCAUGGAAAACAAAAGCAACAGAAGCGAACCUCGACCUUCUUUGAUUUCUGCAAAGCUGAGAAAGGGAUCUUGCUAUGCACUGAUGUUGCUGCUCGUGGACUUGAUAUACCUGCUGUGGAUUGGAUUGUGCAGUAUGAUCCUCCUGAUGAGCCCAAGGUGCCUGUUAAUCCUCGUUGCAUUCUACACUUCAAAUUGGUUAAUAAUGGAGCUGUUCUUCGAUCACAUGUACUAACAUUUACACUGAAUUUCUGGUAUGAUGGCCUUAGAUUGGAAUUUUUACUGCGUAUAUUACUUGCUCUUGCUCUAGCUACCCUCGUCACUAUUCCCUUUCAGGCAGCAAAAGUCCCUGUGAAAGAGUAUGAAUUCGAUGAAAAGAAGCUGGCAAAUGUUCAGACUCACCUGGAGAAAUUGGUGGCCAACAACUAUUACUUGAACAAGUCGGCGAAAGAAGCUUACAGGUCUUACAUCUUGGCAUACAACUCUCACUCCAUGAAAGAUAUAUUCAAUGUCCAUCGCCUUGACUUACAGGCGGUUGCAGCUUCAUUUUGCUUCUCUGGGCCACCAAAGGUGAACUUGAACAUCGACAGCAGUGCCUCCAAGUUUAGAAAGACCAACAGCAGCAAGAAGAAAGGUAGCUUCAGCGACAACAAUCCUUAUGGACGAUCAAGCGAUAAUGGUAACGAAGAUAAGCGGAAAUUCAUGAGAUACUAGGUGCUCGGAGAGCCAAGAAGCUUCUUCCUACACACUUAAAAAGUUUUGCAGCAGAUUUUGAUAUUUCAAAGUUCUAGCACAUUUCCCAUCUUUCCUUCCAGCUGAGAUACUCUUUUCCCCUCCACAUCAGAAGGUUUAUGUAACUUAUGACACUAUGAGAGCUGCGAAAGCUUGGUAAUUGUUAAUUGACAGUGUUUGAGCAUCCAUUAAUUCAAAUCUCUUCCUCUGUUUCCUUGUGGUAAACCAUUGAAAUCGAUGAAUAUAUGACACGAAGAAGAAAACAGAGUA